UGCACCGCUCUUGAUUGGAAGCCCCGGUAUCCGGAUAUGAGCGUCACUCAAUCAGCAUCAAGCGCAACACGCAGCCGCUUUGUGAAAUGCAGAGACUGCCCAAACUGUCCGACGGACUUUUAUGCGUUAUUGGGAUGAACCUGCCUGACACCUGACUAACUGAUUUACGCACAGAAACCUACACUUCACGGGCGAUGUAACUUCUACUGUUGUUAAAUAAAUAUGCAAGAGAACAAACCGGAUUGGUUGUACCAGCGGAAUCCCAAGGACAUAAUGUCUUCGGCUGUCCCUCGAACGGGAUUUGUGGUCUUUUGCGUGAUUCUAGUCCUGACCCUCACCCUGUACCCUGUGCUGAAGACACUGGGUGUUCAGAUCCAUUCUGCUCUCACAGGAAGCUAUGUGGCUGGAUAUCAUUCUGUGCUGCUUGUCAACUGUCCUACUGAACAAACUGCUAGAGAUAUUGGCAGGAGUAUCAUGGAGAAAAGGCUGGCAGCAUGCGUGAAUAUAUUUCCUCACACUACCACUAUGUACUACUGGAAAGGAGAGAUUCGGGAUGCCUCUGAAAUACUGCUGCUUGUCAGGACAAGAACAUCUGUGGUGCAGAGACUUGUGGCUUAUAUAAAAGCUGUGCAUCCAUAUGACAUUCCAGAAAUCAUCAGUUUUCCUAUUGAUGAUGGAAGCCAGGACUACAUGAAGUGGAUGGAAGAUGCAGUCACUGAUAUUUGAUACAUCACUGUCUGCAAUCCAAUGGAGAACAAAAAAACAUUUUGACAUUUUAAAGGCUUUCAUGCAUAACAGACCUUAAACUUAUCUAAUACUGAAGAGCUUCUUUACAAGUGUAUAUAUUUAUUGACCAUUUUAUUGAUGUAAAUAUCUUUAUUAUAAAGAGUAUAACAUAUCUUAUAUGUUAUUAUAAAUUAAUUUGUUAAAAUAUGGUAAUUUAUACAACAUUUUUAAUGGUUGGUUGUUUUAAUGUGGUUGUGCAGAAUUGAAGUGUUUUUGUUUUUUUAAUUAAUGACAAAAUAAAUUAAUGGGAUCUUUUCAACUUUGA